CCUCCGGCUCCCGUGCUAUCCCGAGAGGCGGUCCCGGGAGGGGGUGGGACCAGGCCGAGGCUCCUUGACCACCGCACCUAGAGAGCGGCCGCGCCGGAGUCGAGGUGGCGUCGGGGUCCGCUGCUGGCGGAGAGAAGAGGAAGGAGGUGCUAGUGCACGAUGGCGGCGGCGGCCUACGAGCAGCUGAAGCUGCAUAUUACACCUGAAAAAUUUUAUGUGGAAGCUUGUGAUGAUGGAGCAGAUGAUGUACUCACCAUUGACCGAGUGUCCACAGAGGUCACCCUUGCAGUCAAAAAAGAUGUCCCCCCUUCAGCUGUUACAAGACCAAUAUUUGGGAUACUGGGCACAAUCCAUCUGGUGGCAGGUAAUUAUCUCGUUGUCAUUACCAAAAAGAUCAAAGUAGGUGAAUUUUUUAAUCAUGCAAUCUGGAAAGCUACAGAUUUUGAUGUUCUUUCUUAUAAGAAGACAAUGUUGCACUUGACUGAUAUUCAGUUACAAGAUAAUAAAACUUUCCUAGCAAUGCUAAACCAUGUGUUGAGUAUGGAUGGAUUUUACUUUUCAACAACAUAUGACUUGACCCAUACUUUGCAACGGCUGUCUAACACAAGUCCAGAAUUUCAAGAAAUGAGUCUCUUGGAAAGGGCAGAUCAGCGGUUUGUAUGGAACGGGCAUCUGCUCAGAGAACUGUCUGCUCAGCCAGAGGUCCAUCGGUUUGCUCUUCCAGUGUUACAUGGCUUUAUUACUAUGCACUCAUGUUCUAUUAAUGGAAAAUACUUUGAUUGGAUUCUCAUCUCUAGAAGGAGUUGUUUCAGAGCUGGUGUGCGAUACUAUGUAAGAGGAAUUGAUUCUGAAGGCCAUGCAGCUAACUUUGUAGAAACAGAACAGAUCGUGCACUACAAUGGGAACAGGGCUUCAUUUGUACAGACUCGAGGAUCAAUACCUGUUUUCUGGUCACAAAGACCAAAUCUAAAGUACAAACCACAACCACAGAUCAAUAAAGUAGCAAAUCAUAUGGAUGGUUUCCAAAGGCAUUUUGAUUCACAAGUAAUUAUUUAUGGAAAGCAAGUCAUAAUUAAUCUGGUGAACCACAAGGGAUCAGAGAAACCACUUGAGCAGACAUUUGCGAAAAUGGUGUCAUCCUUGGGUAGUGGGAUGAUCAGGUAUUUUGCCUUUGAUUUCCAUAAGGAGUGUAAAAAUAUGAGAUGGGACCGACUAAGUAUUUUAUUGGAUCAAGUAGCAGAAAUACAGGAUGAAUUAAGUUAUUUUUUAGUAGACUCUGCUGGCAAGGUGGUAACAAACCAAGAAGGAGUUUUCCGCAGCAACUGUAUGGAUUGUCUCGAUAGAACAAAUGUGAUCCAGAGUUUAUUAGCUCGACGUUCCCUUCAGGCCCAGCUGCAGAGACUUGGAGUUUUGCAUGUGGGACAGAAGCUUGAAGAACAAGAUGAAUUUGAAAAGAUUUAUAAAAAUGCCUGGGCCGAUAAUGCUAAUGCUUGUGCCAAACAAUAUGCAGGAACUGGUGCCUUGAAGACUGACUUUACAAGAACUGGAAAAAGAACUCGGUUGGGACUUAUAAUGGAUGGUUGCAAUUCAUUAUUACGGUAUUACAAGAACAACUUUUCUGAUGGAUUUAGACAAGAUUCCAUAGACUUAUUUCUUGGAAACUAUUCAGUGGAUGAAUUAGAAUCUCACAGUCCUUUAAGUGUUCCAAGGGACUGGAAAUUCCUGGCAUUGCCUAUCAUCAUGGUUGUUGCCUUUUCAAUGUGUAUCAUUUGUUUGCUUAUGGCUGGUGACACUUGGACAGAAACACUGGCGUAUGUCCUCUUCUGGGGAGUUGCAAGCAUUGGAACAUUUUUUAUUAUUCUUUACAAUGGCAAAGAUUUUGUUGAUGCUCCUAGAUUGGUCCAGAAAGAAAAGAUAGACUGAAUUUGUGUUUGUGGAAAGCGGCUUGGCUUGGAAGACUCCAUGAUGCAGAACUGGAGUCUUUACUGACCUGCUUUCCACAUCAGUCCCAAGGUCUUCUUAGAGCAUUUAUCCAAAAGCACCUCUCGCGGUCUGGGCUGGGUGAUGGCUUAGGAUUGAUCUAUAUUACUGCUUUGAUGAUCUCUUUACUGUUGGGAUGGUUAUAUUUAUAAUUUGAAGCUGUACUGUAAUUCAAAUGUAGCUUAAAUUCAGCUCACAGAUCAGAAGAAAUCUAUUCACUGUCAAGUUAAUCAGAAGUUCACAGAUAAGUAAUAUAUUUUAAAAAUUUAACUUCUUUCAUUAUUUAAGACAGUAAAAUUAUUUUUCUAGCUCUGUUUCAUUAUUGUCAUUGUAAAGCAGCCACUGUUAGCAAGCAUAUUUUCCAUAUAUCUUUGGACUUUUCUUAGAAGUUUAAUAAUAUGCUAAUCCUACUGUGUUUAUAGAAUGUCUCUUACAGGUAUCAAGUAGUUUGAUAAGUUGUAAUUUCACAGGAAGGAAGAGGAGAAUGGGAUCUAGUUGUUUGAAGUUUCUAGUAGCUGCCUCUUGGCUUCAGCCAGCUUGAGCUACUUUAAUGCCCCAGCAGCUUAAAUGUCAUGAAAAGUUCAGAUAUAUUUUAUCUUUUUUAAAAGGUGUAAAUGAAAUCAAAGAAUGUAAAGUCUGUCUCUUAUGCUAAGGGUCCAAAGUUGCCUCUUUUUAAGAACUGCUCUAUUGUGGAACAUACACUAGACUGGCCAGCUGCUUCCUCCCAUAUCUUGUGGGAACCCCCCCCUUUUUUUUUUUUGGUUACUCAUUGAGACAUGCAGACCUCAGAGAAGGUCUUGUGCUAGAUUUGAUUCACACUUGGGGUAGUAACUGCUUUUCCAUGCAUGGUACUCUUGCUUUAUCACUUUGUCAAGUCAAGGUUUUCGUUGGCUGUCAAUAAGUGUCUGAAAUUUAGUGCUUCCAGGUAGCCAUAGUUCUCCAAAUCAAGGACCAACUUUAGUUUAUGCAUAAAACAGACUGAAAACUGCGCUUCAGAAGCUGUGCAUAGUUGUAAUUGUAAGGCAGGUUAUAUAUUAAAAUUGUAAUUAUGAGGUUUAGAUAUUAGAACAAUAUAUAAGGUAGUAUCAUUACACUAUCUUAAAACAAUUCAGUUAAACACUGCUAUGGUACAUCAGUGUUUUGCUUAAAAAUAUGUAGAGUUUUUUUCUAAUAGUAAUACCUUAUGUUGUCCUUAAAUAUUUCUAAAAGCGCCUUUAUUUUAACAUUACCUUUUUUCAACAUUAUCUUUUAUAAACAAUAAGAGUUAUUGCUUUUAGAAACUCGGGGAAAAUCCUGUGUAGCUUAAAAUCAGUCAUUAAAACUCAUAGUAGGAUAAGUAAAUAGAGCCACCUAUUCUGACAUGUAAAUAAGCAUAAUUUGUUCCAAAGAUGGAAUAUUGAAGCCCAGCCUAUGUCUACUAUAGUGUAUUAUUCAAAUGUUACUGGGCAUUUCACAGUAAGCACUUCAUGUCAACAGCUACAGCAGACACCAAAUCUGAACCUCUAAUGUGGCUACUUUACAAGGACUAAUGUCAGUGGGUUAGGCUGCAAAUGAUCAAUGUUUCAGAGCCCUGCAGUGAUUUUAAUUCAUGUACUGUACAUCCAUAUGCAAAAAUAAAAUGCCAUAUUCUUUUCUAA